AAAUAAUAAUAAAAAGGUAUAGUUGACUUGUUUAUAGUCUUACUUCAUAUUAUUUUUAUGUUUGGUGAGCUCAUUUGUGGGCCUCCUGGCAGCGGUAAGACUACCUAUUGCGAGGGAAAGCGACAGUUUUUAAGCGUCUAUGACCCCACCCGACCAGUUGUCAUUGUUAACUUAGACCCGGCAAACGAGGGUGUAUUUCCGUACCCCUGCGAUGUGGAUAUCCGUGAGCUCGUCUCGCAUAGGAUAGUAAUGGAUAUUGAACACUUAGGACCAAAUGGAAGCUACCUCUUCUGCGCCGAGGUAAUGCAAAAUGAGAUUAAUUGGCUGAUUGAACACAUUGAAGUCUCUGUACAGCAACGGAUACAAGAAAUGUUGAACAGCACACCACCUGUAAGCACUGCUGCGGCUUCUUUCUCAACGCCCUCUUUUCGGGCGCCGUAUUUACUCAUUGAUUGCCCAGGUCAAGUAGAAUUUUAUCUAAACUCAACUAUGAUGUGCACUCUUUUUACGGUGAUUCAGAAACGCUUGCACUGUUCCCUCUGCACCGUACAUCUUAUCGAUGCUGGGGUGGCUACAAGGGAUCUCCCGACGUAUGUCUCAUCCUGCGUCUUAUCCCUUUCAACAAUGAUUGACCACGAGCUUCCGCAUGUGAACGUGCUGACGAAGUGGGAUACGCUAGACAAGAAUGAUCUUUUAGAAAACAACAUUGACGAGCGAAGUCCCUACCUCUUUGCUUCCGAUUUCAUGACCGAGAACUUUGAUAAUCUGUGGCAACGUCAGCUUCAACGGAAACGCCGCCUUCACCAUCUAGCAACUUCAUUUAGUAUCGGAAAUGAGAGUAAGUCUCGUCUGGACGCACCUAAUUCUUUAGAUCCCACUUCAGUCGAACCGACGAAGAACCAAGGACGCUUGUAUGAGUAUACAAAGGCUUUGAUGAGUGUUGUAGAAGGCUAUGGUCUCGUUGGAUACCUUCCACUGGAUGUUCAAAAUUCGGAUAUGAUGCUUCGGGUAACGCAGGAAAUCGACAAUGCGGUCGGCAACUUUUUCUAGCCUGUAAAAACGACCUCAACCAACCAAAGUUGUAAAUAAUCACAUCUUGAUUUUCACUGAAUACCGGUGAAGGAAAUAGAAAAACAAGCUACGAGACUAGUUGAACGCAGCAGUGUGGGAAGGAGAAAGGUGCAUAAACGCGUGUGUGUGAUGGAGCUGAGAAAAAACAUGAACAUUGCUAACUGAAGA